AUGGGCGUCCCUAAGUUCUUCAGAUGGCUCUCAGAGCGGUAUCCAGCAAUAUCGCAGCUUAUUGCUGAGAAUCGUAUCCCAGAAUUCGACUGCCUCUAUCUCGAUAUGAACGGAAUUAUCCAUAAUUGCACUCAUAAAGAUUCCGACUCGCCGGCCUUUCGGAUGACGGAAGAUAAGAUGUUUAUCGCCAUUUUCAACUAUAUCGAGCAUUUAUUUGGCAAGAUCAAACCAAAGCGGCUUUUCUUCAUGGCGAUCGAUGGUGUGGCUCCACGAGCCAAAAUGAACCAGCAGCGCGCUCGCCGAUUCCGUACCGCCCUCGAUGCCGAACUUGCAAAGGAGAAGGCUAUAAGAGAAGGGGUAGAGAUGCCCAAGGAAGACGCAUUCGAUAGCAAUUGCAUCACACCUGGAACCGAAUUUAUGACGAAGCUUACAAAGCAGUUGAGGUAUUUUAUCAACAAGAAAGUGUCAGAAGAUGCAGAGUGGCAAGGAGUCGAGGUUGUCCUCUCAGGUCAUGAAGUUCCCGGAGAAGGAGAACACAAAAUUAUGGAAUACAUUCGCCAGGCAAAAGCACAGCCCGAGUACGAUCCAAACAUGCGUCAUUGCUUCACGAUCUCACUCUGCUCUCGAGAGAGUGACGUUUGGACGGCAGAGCCAGAAGAAAUCAAGGAGCUCGAACACCAAAACUUUUACUUACUUCACCUUUGUAUCGUUCGGGAAUAUCUGGAACUGGAAUUCCAGGAGUUGAAGUUGGAUGGGGCCUUACAGUUUCCUUUUGAUAUGGAGCGGGUUAUUGAUGAUUUCAUUUUGAUGGCCUUUUUUGUUGGAAACGAUUUCUUACCUAACCUUCCAAAUCUGCAUAUUAACGAGGGCGCUUUGGCGUGGAUGUUCAAGGUAUAUAAAGAGGUUUUACCAAAGCUAGGAGGCUAUGUCAACGAGCAUGGGAAGAUCAACAUGGAGAGGCUGAGGACAUUGUUAGCGGCCUUAUCAGAUGUCGAGUUUCGGUUUUUUGAAGCAGAAUAUUCUGACGCGAGAUGGCUCAAAUCGAAAACACUGGGUGGAGACCAAACUCCAACGCUGCCAGACAAACCCAAUGUGCUCACAGUAACUCCCGCCCAGAAGCAUAUCUUCAAUCGAAUAAAGAAGUAUGUCACCCAUCGUCCGAUGGAUGAAUCUGGCCAUCCAGUGCCUCUCGACCUAUCGCCAUCCUUGCCUGCAAAAGAUCGAAAAUUUGUGGAGCAGCUAGCGGAUAGCCUACAUCUAAAAUGGAGCUCUGUUUUAGAUAAUCACGAUGAACGAUUUUUGCGUCUUCAGCUACCCGUAAAUAGUGACGACGAUGAUGAUGACGAUGACGAUGAUGGCGAGUCGCAGAUUGCUAUUCUGCGGGUUCUCAAGAAAUAUGAAAACGCAAAGGUCCAAGAGACCACAGCUGAGGAUGCGCAGUUGACCGCAGAGAAGAAGUACGAGAAAAAGUUUCAGGAGUGGAAAGAUAAAUACUACAAAGAGAAAUUCGGAUGGGGUUUGGAAAACACAGAAGAGAUGCGAAAGCUAACCGAGAAUUACGUCCAGGGCCUUCAGUGGGUGCUAUUCUACUAUUAUCGUGGUGUUGCGUCGUGGCCAUGGUUUUAUCGCUAUCACUAUGCCCCAAUGAUUUCAGACAUUCAUCUUGGUCUAGGGGCGGAUGUGGAAUUCAAACUAGGACAACCGUUCUUCCCAUUCCAGCAGUUAAUGGGUGUCCUGCCUGACAGGAGUAAAAAGAUAGUACCUGUGGCCUAUCACAGCUUGAUGACAACUCCCGAAUCACCAAUCAUAGACUUUUACCCCAGAGACUUUGAGCUUGAUAUGAACGGAAAGAAGAUGGAAUGGGAAGCUGUGGUGAAAAUCCCGUUCAUUGAUGAAGAGCGGUUACUUAAAGCCAUGGCAACAAAGGAGCAUUUAUUGACACCCGACGAGAAGGCGAGAAACACUUUUGGGGUGACCCUCAAGUUCACUUAUUCGCCUGAUGUUGAAUUUAUCUAUCCUAGCUCCCUUCCCGGUAUCUUUCCAGAUGUUUCUCGGUGUCACUGCAUCGAAAACGUCUUUGAGUUACCUACCAUGGAAGGGCUGGACCCCUAUGUGGGCUUGGUAGAAGGUGUGAAGAUUGGGGCCGAGGCUCUAGCCGGUUUCCCAAGUUUGCAGACGCUCCAACAGACAGGGCAGCUCGGCUUCCACGGAGUAUGUGUAUUCCAGCAAGAGAGUCGCAACGAAAGUAUGGUUGUUACUAUAGUCGACCCCGAGAUUGCGGGUAAUACUACGGAUGCGAAGGCCAAAUUAGGCCGGCGAGUCCAUGUUGGAUAUCCGUUCCUGCAGGAAGCAAAGGUAGUGUGCGUGUCAGAUGAACUAUUUGAUUAUGUUCAAGUUGAUGAUGAAGAACAUGUUGUGGCUAUACCACAUACCCCAACGCAAAUCAACCAGUGGAAGAAGAAGGCGGAAAAGAUAGAGUCGUACUACAGUAAACGGCUAGGAAUGAUAAUCGGUGAGGUGGAAACCAUUGUGCGCGUGGAGAUGCUCAAAGGCCUGAUGAAGACUGCAGAUGGAGCCACAGUAAAGGAGUUUACGGAGAUACCAGGAGUGGAAACGGAAUAUGCUGCUCAGCUCAUCGUCGACUCUGUUAUUAGUGAAGAUCUUCGUUUCAUUGAACGGGCAGCAGUUCCUAUCGAGGAAGAAUUCCCAGAAGGUGCGAGGGCGUUCUUCUUGGGCGAAUACAACUAUGGUGCGCCAGUGCACGUUACCGGGCAUGAAGACGGAAAGUUAUCUGGACUUCUUUCUGCAGUGAAGGGCAAGGAGCCGGAGUUUGGAAGGGAGCAUGUCAUGAACGCUGAAAAGCUAUCUAAAUAUACCCCUUCAUUCGCCAUUGCACGGAACUUGCAUCUCAGUCCUCUUACACUUGCCAAAAUUACUUCAUCUUUCUCUGUCAAUGUCGAUGGAACACGAGUGAAUCUUGGACUCAAUCUUAAGUUUGAAGCGAAGAAGCUGAAAGUGCUUGGGUAUUCACGACGAGGAAAUUCCGGAUGGGAAUUUAGCGAAAGGGCCAUUGGGCUCCUACAGGAUUACAUGAUUAAAUUCCCAGAUUUCAUUGCAGGCAUCCAACGGAAACCUCAGGGCGACUUAUUUGAACCUACGGAUUUCUAUCCUGCUGAUAUUGCAAAACAGAAGAUCAAAGAGAUCCAGUCAUGGCUUAAGUCUAUUGAAUCAAAAAGCUUUGAGCGCGUCCCACUUGAAGCUGAACAACUCGACUCCAGCAUUGUACAGGCAAUUGAAAAGUCUGCCGACGAGCUACACCAAACGCGAGCUGCUCCAGUGGCACAGAAGAUCCGAGGAGUGCCACGCAAUGCAUUGUUGAAACCCGCAGAUGCUGAACACCGUCUCAAUAACCAACACUUCCAACUCGGGGACCGUGUGAUCUAUGCUCAAGAUUCCGGAAAGGUUCCAAUUGCUUCGCGAGGAACGGUUGUCGGUCUAACACGGACAUCAAGAAACUUGCUCCUUGAUGUGCUAUUUGACGUCUCUUUCAUGAGCGGCACCACUCUUUCAGACCGAUGUUCACCGUUCCGCGGCUCGACCGUGCCUUCGUCGUCAGUCCUUAAUCUGACUAACAGGCAACUUGUCGCACUAUCUCGUGCUACCGCACAAAACAAGGAACAUGCUCGAGAACAACAACCCUCCAAAGGCGCAAAAUAUGGUGCUCCCCAGGGGUCUGGUGGCAUGGGGCAGCUGAAAGAUGCGUCAACUCCACCGCCACUUACGAACAGCUACCGUGGUGCAGCCAUAGGCCAGCCUUCCAACAGCAAGGUGAACGGAACGCCCAAUCUUAACUGGCGCGGUCGAGGACGAGGAACCCUACCGAUUCGCAACCACCCAGCACAUGCGGAUACCACCGGCCAGCCGAGACCCUUGUUCAACAGAGGACGCGGCAAUUUCAAUCAAACGAACGCACACACAGGCAACGGACCAUCGGGCCGUGGACGUGGAAGAGGAGGUUAUGUAAAUGUGGAAAGCAUGAACACCGAUUCCGGUGUAUUGAACCACAACCCAGAUUUCAAACCUCGACCGUACAAUACAGUUCCGCCACCAGCUUCCUUGAACCAACCAACAGGGCAACGAGGAUCCGCUGGGCGUGCUCGAGGAAGAGGUAUGGCUCGAGGCGGUAGGGGAAGAGCCAGAGCAGGGCAUGCAGGCGCAAGGGGAACGACUACAGCAUAG